AUGGCCAAAAAGGGUGGUGUACAGCAACUUCAAGCGGAUAUCAGUUCCGAUGAAGAAUUUGAGAAAUUUCUUCAACGACCAGGACUACUGAUUCUCGAUAUCUAUUCUGAAUGGUGUGGACCUUGUCUUGGUAUGGUUGGAAGUUUGAGAAAAAUCAAACUGGAACUGGGCGGCGAUAAUCUCCAAUUAGCCAUUUGCAAGGCAGGAUCGAUUAGUUCUUUGGCCAGAUUUAAUAAGAAAAGUGAACCAACUUGGAUGUUUGUUACGAAUGGCAAAGCCAUUAAUAUAAUGUUUGGCACUGAUGUACCCAAAUUGGUGGCCAUGAUAACGAAAACAUUGGCCUCGACCAUGGCCAAGGAGACACAGCACUACCAUUUCUAUGAGAUUACGGAAUUACAGCCAAUCGAAUUGGAACAGCAACGCAUCAAGAAUCUGGAAUUGCGCCGUGCCGAAGUGAUCGAGGAGGACGAAGCGAAAAAGAAACGUAUUGAAUAUCUACGUUUCGUUACCGAUACCAUAAUGGAGAAUUUGCCCGAUAUUGGCAUUACAGUAUUUGGACCACAGGUGAAUCGGGAUAUGUUUAAAAAGCUAGCCGAACCGGCUGAUCCCUUAAAGAUUCAGUGCAAAGAUCGUAAGGUUUUCGCCAUAACGGAGAAUGAUAUGAAUACCGUUAAUUUUGCUGCCGAAAAUCCAUUAUCACGUGAAAUAAUCGAACAACUGUAUGAUAAGGAAUUGUUAAUGUGUUUUUGGAAAGUCGAAGAGAUUCUGGGAACACCGCCAAGUGUCCUAAGGCAAUAUGCCCAUGAGUUGACCAAGGAGACAAUUAAACCCCCAGAUGAAUUCAAUGAGGAAGAGAUUAUAGUUCCACCAUUAAUAGUACCCUUGGAAAUGAAUGUGGAAAUUAUAGAGGAAACUCCGGUCGCUGAGGAACAGGCAAAUGAGAAUGUUGCAAAAGAAACCACCACAAUGGAGACGACAGAUAAGGGCGAGGACCCUGAGGAGGCGGAUGAGGAUGACCAGGGAAAAGAGGAAAAAGAUGAAGUGCCUCUGGAGGCGCCAGAGCAGAAAGUGAAAACGAAAACUAUUAAAAUUCCACCCAUUUGGGUGCCAAACGAUCAGCGUACUCAUGCUGCUCUCAUUUAUACAUAUUUUCGGGCACAAACCUCAGCAUUCUUGCCACCCGAUCCGGUUCCAGAACCACCGCAUAUUAUCAUGACUUUCGAUUCGUAUAAGAAAAAGGAUUUGGCUCAUAUUUUGGAUGUAUAUCGUGAUGAUAUACCACUUUAUGGUUUCUUCACAAGCGAUAAAUGGGAAACUGCUGUUUUUAUAGCCAAUUCAGUUGACAAAUAUAAUGCCAAACCCUAUGUACCCACUGACAAAAUUAUUGUAAAAGUCAACAAAGUGAAAGGAAAUCCGGCCAUGCCGCUUCUAAUGGCGUUUGGUCCUAGCUAUGUUAGUCCCAAUUCGGUUAUUGGCCAUCAGGAGGCUGGAAAAUUCUUUCCACCAACUUAUAAAUCUGUCCUCCAAGAGGAAGCCGAAUUGCUUGCCGUGAAAACGGAAAAACCCAAAAAACGCAAAAAGAACAAGAAAGGAGCUGAGGCAGAUGCCGGGAAUGAGGACAAAAUUGAUUCGGCCAGUAAUCAGGAUCAGCAAGAGGCAAAGACUUCCCCAGAGGAGGGUGCAUCCACCACCAGCAGUGGCGAAGAUAGCUGUGAGAGUCGGCCACCAACGGCAGAUGGUCAAAAUGUUGAGGCAGUUGCCUAAGAUCCAGAGUUUGGAAACAGUUGAUGCUGAAAUUCGAUAUGUGUAUAAGUGACAGAUUGAAUUUUAAAGAACCCCUUAAAAUGUAUUACAGAAGAAUAGAAUUUGUGCAAGUAAUUUAGGAUCUACAUAUGUAUGUAGAGAGAAGACACUUCGCGACAUUUACUGAGGGUUAGGGUUA